ACUAGUUGUAUUUCGUCUCUUUUAUGUCCAUUUUGCUCCGGCGCUAGCUGUUGCUUAUCUCUCUCUCUCUCUCUCUCUCUUACAGCAGGGGCAUGGAGAAACCCUAGAUAUCCACGCCGCCGGGCUCAGGAUAUUUCCUGUUUGGAGGGAAACGAUUCGAGCUGGUUUUGGUAGUGGAGGAGGCAAACACUCUGAAUGGCUCCCCAUCCGCAAGUGACAAUCUUUUUCCCUGAAGUUCGUUAACUGUUUUGUUUCUAUGAAGAUUUGUUUGAAAUAAGAUAUGACCGUAAUUCUCUGUUUUGAUAAGAAGCUUUCCCAUCUGCGAGUGACAAACACUUGAAUCUUAUGCGUCUAUAAGCCUUUUUAACAAUGGGAUCAAUUUUUAAUCAGAGGCUAGAUUCUCAAGCAGAUACCACACUACGGCUAGAUUCACUGGACACUUCCAGUGUUCAUGGAUUCAACAUGAAAGGAACAAAGAGGAAGUGGGAGGAUAUUAAUGGAGGUAGGGGUACUGGGCAUGUCCCACGGGCUUCAGUUUUACAGUGUUCAACAAGUACCUCAGAAAGCAGUAAGAGGAGCUCAGGAACUGUUUGCACUUACUCUUCGGCUUAUGUUGCUGAUGAAGAAUGUUCCAUGGAUCUAGAUUUAAAUUUCGAACUUAAACUCGGUGCUGAAAAUACAAAUUUUGCUAAGGUCCGUUCUGUAACCUCUACAAAUUCAGUAUCCACAAAUCCUAUAAUCGAUACUCAGUUGAGUUUAUCUGUUGGAGCAUCCGCAUCAUCUAUUACAAGUGAACUUGAAGCCCCUGCAAAACAUCUAUUUAGCAUAGAGGCUUCAACGGUCAAUUUUCCUGGGCCUGCGAUUGAUGAUGGAGUGGUUUCAUCAUCCUGGAAAAAUGUCAGCAUUCGAAUUCCAUAUGGUUACAACACAGGAUCUUCUAAAUCAGUCAGAUUUCCAAAUAUAAGCCAGUUAUCAAUUGUCACAGAAGCGCCGAAAAGCUCAGUUGACUGUACUUCCGUGAACAUUCAAAAGCAAAAUAAAAGCAGUAGUACAAAAUAUUGUCAGUAUCCAGAUUGUGUGAAAGGAGCUAGGGGUGCUUCUGGACAUUGCAUAGCUCAUGGUGGAGGUCAAAGAUGUCAGAAAGCUGAUUGUCAGAAGGGAGCUGAAGGAAGGACUAAAUAUUGUAAGGCACAUGGAGGUGGUCGUCGUUGCGAGUUCCUUGGUUGCAUGAAAAGUGCUGAAGGCCGCACAGAUUAUUGUAUUGCGCAUGGUGGUGGUCGCCGCUGCAGCAAAGAUGGCUGCACACGAGCUGCGAGAGGAAAAUCUGGAUUAUGCAUUAGGCAUGGAGGUGGCAAGAGAUGUCAAAUGGAAAAAUGUACAAAAAGUGCGGAAGGCCAGUCGGGCUUAUGCAUUGCCCAUGGUGGAGGCAAACGUUGCAAAUUCCCGGAAUGUACAAAAGGUGCACAGGGGAGCACGAUGUAUUGCAAAGCUCACGGUGGAGGAAAGCGUUGCAGCUUUCCAGACUGCAGCAAAGGCGCAGAAGGAAGCACUCCCUUCUGUAAAGGCCAUGGCGGAGGGAAGCGAUGCUUGUUUCAAGGUGGUGGUGUGUGUACUAAGAGUGUACACGGCGGGACCGAUCUCUGCGUUGCCCAUGGUGGCGGUAAGAGGUGCGCUGCACCGGAAUGCACUAAGAGCGCAAGAGGUCGAACGGACUACUGUGUUCGUCAUGGUGGAGGCCGGCGAUGCCAGUAUGAAGGUUGUGUGAAGAGUGCCCAGGGGAGCACUGAUUUCUGCAAGGCUCAUGGAGGUGGCAAAAGAUGCUCGUGGGGUGAAGCCAGGCCAGAUAUAAAUGCCAGCGGGCCUCGCUGCGGUAGAUUUGCCAGGGGAAAGCUUGGCCUUUGUACUGCUCACCUUGCUCUGAUGCAGGACCACCAGGUUCAUGGUGGAGAGACGCUAGGAGUUCUCGGAGCUCCUAAAGCUUUACCAGCUAAACCUGAUAAGAUGAAGGGAAUUGUUGUUGAAAAGGAUUCAAAUCUUAUGACCUGGAGGAACCUGGAUCAGAGGAAAUUCAGUGAUCCCACAAAUGGAAUGGCUUCACUUCCAGAAGGCAGAGUUCAUGGUGGUAGUCUUAUUAUGGCUUUGCUAGGUAGUGGAGCUAUAGUCAAUCAUUCUGCAAACCAGGCUGAAGGGUGCAGCACUUCCAAUUCAAAUCAAGUUCCUUUUAUACCAUGAAUUAUGGAAACUUGUGAAGGGUUAGUAAUUAGCUUCCUUGCCUUCACUGGGGUCUUCUGUGAUUGGCUUGCUUGUUUUUUUUUUCUUUCCAACCGUUAUUUCCCGUUGUUAACUGGAUGUGUGAAGUAGAUGAGAAAGCCAAGUUUUUUCAUCUUCCAUUGUCUAUGAUGGCCUUCUAUUAAGGCUUCGUUUGGGACAGCUUUCUUACUGCUUCAUAAAGCAAUUUUUUUAGUAAAAAAUCUUAAUUUUUGAACUAAAAAAUCGCUUUAAGAAGCAGUAAGAAAGCCGCCCCAAAUGAAGCCUAAGUUUAAUCCCUUUUGUGAAAAGAAUAAGUAGGGUAGGGCUAUGGGCUCUUUUAGCUUCUGUAGUUGUAAAUGUACGCUAGGGAUCUUUGUCAAUGCUGUACUUCUGAUUGUUUUUUAUUUAGCUUCCUGUGAAUAUAUGCUGCUACAUUGAAUUGUAAUGA